AUGGCAGGCACUGCACGCCCACGACGCUCGCUGGCGGACCAGCUGGCGGAGCUCACAGAUCCUACCCCAAAAGAUUUUGAUCCGGAGGAUCUUGAACGCGGGGGAGAAUCGGACGGCGAGGGAGCUACCGGGCUGUCUACCAAGACGACAAAUCCCGACGCCGGAAGAGAACAUUAUCAGGAAGUUGGAAAAUCAACGUGGAAGAAACGUGACGCCCCGUUAUUGGGGAAACACUAUUCUGGAACUCGUGUCAGCCGAGAUGCACUGGAGGAAGACAGUGAUGACCCGUUCGGGGAACCUACAACAAAUUAUGAAAACUCCGACCAGGUCACCAGUGAAGGUGAAGCCUCGGGUGGAGAAUCGCCCGGCUCAGGCGCCUCAUCGGCGGGCGACAGCCUAUCCGAGGAAGGCGAAGGGGUCUCCGAAUCCGAGGAAAGUGGAGACUCUCUGAAUGGCUCGGAGGACACCGAAGAUGAGGACAGUGAAGACGAGGGUGGUGGUCACGAAACCGACGGGAAUCCAUCCCUUCUGGAGGGCAAUGGCAAAAAGAACGGCACCGGUGAUGGCCAUGUUGGUGAUCGUGGGGAGCUACGGAGGUUGAUGGCCUCUGAUCAGAAAACCAUUGCUGCGACUCUCUCUCAAGCGGCCCAGGCAGAUGCUGCCAAGGGAAAGGCUGUGAAGGAGCAACGUACCUGUUUUGAUGGGAUUCUUAAUUCUCGGAUCAAGCUUCAGAAAGGUCUGACGGCGGUGGAUGAAAUUGUCGCAAAGGUGGAUGAUGAAGAUGAGAGCAACGGGGUGGACGCCGAGGCAAUCAAAUCGGCAGAAUCCGCUGCCCUCACUCUGUGGUCGACGCUAGAGGACCUGCGUACCGCCCUGGCAGAUGCCCAGGCUACAGAAGGCUCUAAAAAGCGGAAAAGACCCUCUCCAGUGUCGCCAUCGACUUCCUCAGCCUCUCUCUGGGAGCGAAUGGCCGACCUGGAGUCCGAAUCAAUGACCCACCGUCGAGCCAUUCUCGACAAAUGGUCCCAGAAAGUCCGCGGCACUUCGACUCCUCUCCCUAACGCCCGAGGCAAGCUCAUGGGCUCGGCGUCUGGUCGCCAACAGACAAUUACCGCUGUGCUCGAUGCUCAAAUUGCUACGGAAAUUGGGGAACGGGCUACCAAACGGUCUCGUGCAGCAUCCCAGUCCAAUGGCACCAAUUUCACUGAGAAUCGCCCGGAGCCGAUCUACGACGAUACCGUUUUCUAUCAAUCUCUUCUCCGCGACCUCGUGGAGCAGCGCAUGUCUUCUUCAGACGCAAUGACCAGCGGCCUCGACACACUGCACCAAUUGCCGUCCCGGCUGCCCAUCCACCCCGUCACGGGCAUGCGCAACGACAAAGUCAAGCGGGACAUUGAUACACGCGCCUCCAAGGGCCGCAAGAUGCGAUUCAAUGUGCACGAAAAGCUUCAGAACUUCAUGGCCCCUGAGGACCGUGGCUCGUGGACGAUCAGUGCCCGGGACGAGCUCUUUGCUUCGCUGCUUGGCAAAACGGCCAGUGGAUUGCUCGGCGAGGGAGAUGAGAGUGCUAGUGGCGAAGACAGUGACAGUGACCGGGAAGAGGGUGUACAGAGUACUUCCUCCAUGGCAUGUAAAAUUCAAGGGCAGGAACCAGCUGCAUUCCGAGAACUUAGACUUGUCGUCCUUGCCCUAAGUCCCCCCGUAUCCUCCCGGCAUCAAUCCCCUAGUCAGCGCAUAGGUCGAUCGCUGAUGGAGGCCCCAUUCCUCCCAAGCCCUAAGUCCUCCCUCCACCCUCCCAUCUCCCAUCCCUCACAACGCACCGCUGGACAGACACACCGAGGGUGUGUCGCUGGCGUGCGCACCGGACCUCUUGGGUUCUGGUGCGCACUCAGCGAGCUGUUCGGCGAGUGGUGGUCACUCGCACUCCUCAGCGGCUUCGGUCGACGGCUUCACGCCGUGCUGGGCCGCGAUCGUUGA